AUGGAGACCAAGAUCGAGAUGGACGUCUGCGGCGCUGUACAGGGCGUAACUAAGCUCCAAGCUCUCUUUCGAGGCAAUAAGAGCCGUCGUGUGCAUGUGCAACGUGCACCCUGGUCCCCGUUCGUGCCAGCAAAGAUCGAGGCUGUCCGAGCAAUGCUGGAGGUAGCAGGUUUGCAGUCUGGGGAGACGUUGGUGGACAUCGGCAGCGGUGACGGCCGUGUGGUCAUCGAAGCGGCACUGCGGUGUCCAGAGCUCAGGAAGGCGAGAGGCGUAGAGCUGGACGAGGCUCUGGUGGGGCUAUCAAGACGCAGGAUCGUUGAUAGGGCAGUGAAGGAGGAAGAGAAUGUAGGUGGUGGAGGACCUGAGGAGGAAUGCGGUCGGGACAAGAGCAGCAAUACGGCGACAACUCUGAGAGAACGAGUCGAGAUUGUCCAUGGAGAUUUUAUGGAGGUCGACAUGCGCGAUGCAGAUGUCGUUGUGCUCUUCUUCCUCCCACACGAAGAUAUCGCGCGUACAUUGCAGCAGAAGUUGCGUGCGGGGACGCGCGUCGUCACUUACGUGUUCCAGAUUGCGCAGUGGAAGCCUCACAAGGUGGUUCCGACCGUGCCCUUCAUGACGGAGAAAGGCUCGUCGUCCAUCUACCUCUACCACGUGCCUCACUAG